GCCCCGCCGGGCCUAGGGGCUUCCGCGCCGCCCCGCACCCGCCCCACAAGUUGGGCGCAUGCGCGCAGCCUAGGCUGGCGGCCGGGCCAGCGGCUCCACGGUCACGUCCGUACGUCAUCGGGAUGCGCCGGGGAGCGGAAGUGACGCGUUUGUCCCGCGCUGGCUGGCGCUGCAGCCUCUCUCCUUAGUCUCCGGCGGCGGGCGGUGAGUGGGUUUGUUCUGACUCAAAUGGGUGAUGAAAAGGACUCUUGGAAAGUGAAAACUUUAGAUGAAAUUCUUCAGGAAAAAAAACGAAGGAAGGAGCAAGAAGAGAAGGCAGAGAUAAAACGCAUUAAAAAUUCUGAUGAUCGGGAUUCAAAGCGGGAUUCCCUUGAAGAGGGGGAGCUGAGAGAUCACCGUAUGGAGAUAACAAUCAGGAAUUCACCUUACAGGAGAGAAGAUUCUAUGGAAGAUAGAGGAGAGGAGGAUGAUUCCUUGGCUAUCAAACCACCGCAGCAAAUGUCACGGAAGGAAAAAGCACAUCACAGGAAAGAUGAGAAGAGGAAAGAGAAACGUAGACAUCGUAGUCAUUCAGCAGAAGGAGGGAAGCAUGCCAGGGUAAAAGAGAAGGAACGUGAGCAUGAACGUAGGAAAAGACAUCGAGAAGAGCAGGAUAAGGCUCGACGUGAAUGGGAAAGGCAGAAGAGGAGGGAAAUGGCUAGGGAGCAUUCCAGGAGGGAGAGGCAAAUGAAUGUUUCCAGGGAUCGUCUAGAGCAGCUUGAGCGAAAACGAGAACGGGAGAGAAAAAUGCGAGAGCAACAAAAAGAGCAAAGGGAACUAAAAGAACGGGAAAGGCGAGCUGAAGAAAGGCGCAAGGAACGGGAGGCCAGACGAGAAGUUUCUGCACAUCAUAGAACAGUGAGGGAAGAUUAUGGAGACAAAGUAAAAAUAAGAACCUGGAGUCGCAGCCCAUUACGACAGCAAAGAGAGAAGCUUGAGCAAGGAGAUGGCAGGAAGCCAGUAAAAGAGGAGAAAACAGAAGAAAGAGACCUGCUUUCGGAUUUGCAAGACAUCAGUGACAGUGAGAGAAAAACUAGCUCAGCAGAGUCUUCGUCAGGAGAAUCUGGAUCUGGUUCAGAGGAAGAGGAGGAGGAAUCUAGCAGUGGAGAAUCGGAAGAGGAGGAGGAGGAAGAGGAGGAAGAGGAGGAGGAAGAAGAAGAAGAGGAGGAGGAAGAGGAGGAGGAGGAGACAGGAAGCAAUUCUGAGGAAGUGUCUGAACAGUCAGCUGAAGAGGUGAGUGAAGAAGAAAUGAGUGAAGAAGAAGAAGAGCGAGAGAAUGGAAAUCACAUUCCAAUUGUUACAGAGUCAAGAUUUGAUCGAGAUUCAGCAGGAAGUGAAGGAGAAGAGGAGGAAGUGGGGGAGGGGACCCCACAUUCCAAUGCAAUGACAGAAGGAGAUUAUGUUCCUGAUUCUCCAGUUUCAUCACCCAUUGAGUUGAAACAAGAGCUACCCAAGUACCUUCCUGCACUGCAGGGAUGUCGAAGCGUGGAGGAAUUUCAGUGUUUGAACAGGAUUGAAGAAGGAACAUAUGGUGUGGUAUACAGGGCAAAAGACAAAAAAACUGAUGAAAUUGUGGCUCUGAAGCGACUGAAAAUGGAAAAGGAAAAAGAAGGCUUUCCCAUUACUUCUCUAAGAGAAAUAAACACCAUUCUGAAAGCACAGCACCCAAAUAUAGUCACUGUUAGGGAAAUUGUUGUGGGCAGUAAUAUGGAUAAAAUCUAUAUCGUAAUGAAUUAUGUAGAACAUGACCUCAAAAGUCUGAUGGAAACCAUGAAACAGCCAUUUUUACCAGGUGAAGUGAAAACUUUGAUGAUUCAGUUAUUGCGUGGAGUGAAGCACCUUCAUGACAACUGGAUACUUCAUCGGGACUUGAAGACCUCCAACCUGCUGCUGAGUCAUAAAGGCAUUUUAAAGGUUGGAGAUUUUGGACUAGCCCGAGAGUAUGGGUCACCUCUAAAGCCUUAUACACCUGUAGUUGUGACACUAUGGUACAGGGCACCAGAGCUGUUACUUGGCGCCAAGGAAUACUCCACUGCAAUAGACAUGUGGUCAGUAGGUUGUAUAUUUGGAGAAUUAUUAACUCAGAAACCGCUGUUUCCAGGAAAAUCGGAAAUUGACCAGAUUAACAAAGUUUUUAAGGACCUGGGUACCCCCAGUGAGAAAAUCUGGCCUGGGUACAAUGAGCUGCCAGCUGUAAAGAAGAUGACAUUCACAGAGUAUCCCUAUAACAACUUACGCAAGAGGUUUGGGGCACUCCUUUCUGAUCCAGGUUUUGAUCUCAUGAACAAGUUCUUGACAUACUAUCCAGGCAGAAGAAUCACUGCUGAAGAUGGUUUGAAGCAUGAGUAUUUCCGAGAGACUCCCCUUCCUAUUGACCCCUCCAUGUUUCCAACAUGGCCAGCAAAAAGUGAACAACAAAGAGUUAAGCGUGGCACAAGCCCACGACCUCCAGAGGGAGGACUUGGGUAUAGUCAAUUGGGUGAUGAUGAUCUGAAAGAUACAGGUUUUCACCUGACUACCACAAAUCAAGGAGCAUCUGCAGCAGGACCUGGCUUCAGCCUCAAGUUUUAAACUUAAUAUGAGGAGGGGAAAAAGACAGAGCUUUGACUUCAACCAUGCUGUUGAUGAAUGGAUUUAAAAGUGCUCCAGUUUUGUUCUUCGCAUCAGGAAGACUGUGUAUUUUACACAGAAAUAGCCAGAUGUCAUCUUGCUGGGUGUGGAAUAUAACUGCUGCAUUUCAUUCAGGGGACUGGAAUGAAUUAAUCCGAAAAGCCAAGGAUCAUUACAAAAAUUCAAAAAGGAAAACUUGAAGUACAAUCUUGGAAUUGGGUUUUUUUUUUGUUUUUUUAACUUUUUAAUUUUUUUGCUUGUAAAUUUGUAGAAUUAAAAUCCAUUUUUAAUUGUUUAACAGUGUGAAGGAUUUCAUUUUCUUCACCUGCACCAGACUUGGAUGGUGGUGGCACUAAAUCUUCUAGAGAGGAAACUUAGAGAGAUUUUUCUCUCUCCAUCAUCCCCAUUUGUGCUUACACAAAUUGAAGCAUAUUGUCAGCACAGGUAGAAAAGCUCUUUUGUAAAGAUCAUUAUCUGUUUGAAUUCAGUUGCUUAUUUGAGCAAGAAACCCUAAAGGCAUUUCUGAUGUCUCUCCUAUUCCGUGCCUUGGAGAGCGCCAUGUUGUGCUGCGCUUAAUACUUAUUGACCUUUUCUGAGAGCCCCACGUGGUUUCUGAUGGAUUGACCACUUCACUGUUUGACCUACUGCUCUACAUAUACAUUUUGGGUGUGACUGGACAAGUGUUUUCCAUAUUAAAGUUGAGCCUUUAAGAUCUUUUCUUGUCUCUGUCUGGGUAGAUGGAAGUUCACUUUAACCCCACAGCACUCGAAAGGUGACAUUCCUGCCUUCAGGAACAAUCUUGGUUUUCGUCCUGAGUGGAGGAGGAGUUGGCGCUACUGUUGGAAAAGGGAAUUCUGUCCACCAGAAGGAGGG